AUGGCUAACACUGGGAACCAUCUUCUCGUCUUUGGAGCGUCCGGUAUCUCGGGAUGGGCUUGCGUCAAAGAAGCCCUGACGUUUCCGUCAAAGACCACCUUCACGAAAAUUACCGGUCUGACCAAUCGACCUUUGUCUCUACAAGACUCGCAUCUUCCGCAAGACUCUCGUAUCCAGCUUGUCUCUGGCAUUGAUCUGACCGGCUCCGUUGACAAUGUCGUCUCAUCGUUGAAAUCCAAGGUUCCGGAUAUCGAGUCUGUCACGCACGUCAUCUUUACGGCAUAUAUUGAAAAACCAGACUUUGAUUCUCUGCGAGAAGUCAAUACGCAGAUUCUCGAGACCGCGGUCGACGCUCUGGACCAAGUCGCCAGCAAGCUCCAAUCGAUUGUAUUGCAGACCGGUGGCAAGGCCUAUGGCGUGGAGUUUAGCGAUAAAUUGGAGAUUAAGCCUCCCUUGAAAGAGAGCCAGGCCAGGAUCCCCGAGCCUUACUACAAGAACAUCUUCUACUACACCCAGCACGAUGCGCUCAAAAAGAAGAGUGCCUCCUCGUCUUGGACAUACAGUGAGAUCCGUCCAGAUGUGAUUGUCGGCUUCACGCCCGGAUCGAACUUCAUGAACAUAGCACAGGGACUAGGACUCUGGCUUUCUCUGGCGAGGGAGGUCAAGGGGGCCGGGGCGAAGAUUCCAUUCCCAGGGUCGGCCAAGUCGUGGAAGAACAAGCACACCGACACCUUCCAAGACAUCCUCGGCCGCAUGAACAUUUACGCUGCUGUGAAUCACGACAAGUGCGGUAAUGGAGGCACGUUCAAUUGCGCGAACGGUGAUCUGGUGACAUGGGCGGACAAGUGGUCCGGCAUUUGCAAGGCUUUCGAUCUCGAAGGCACGCCACCUGGCACCGAGCCGUAUUCGAUCGAAGAAUUCGUCCAGGCCAAUCAGGAUCAGUGGGAGGCGGUUGUAAAGAAGCACAACCUCAAGAAGGGCAUCAUGGAGAACUUUUCUUGGCCCUUCCUGUACUUUGUCAUGACCGUUUUUGACUUCGACCGACAAUACGAUAUCAACGCUUCCCGAGCAGUCGGCUUUCAGGAAGAGGUGGACACCGUCAAGGGCUUUACGACAGCGUUUGAGAGGAUGAGAGGCGCCAAAAUCAUCCCAUAG